AUGUCGCGUUCGCCGGGAAAUUCCAAACCCGAUUCCACCGGGUCGGGUAAAAUCGCCGAUCGGUUUCGUGAAGUGGUGAGUUUAGUAACGAACGCGAAAGCGAAAGCGAAAGCGAAAGCGAAUAAACCGGAUAUUCGUGAACUCGAUCAUGGUUCACCAGUUUCGCCAUUGAGGCGGGGAGGACCGACGGUUAGUAGUAGUUCGGGUUCUUCUGGAUCUUUCUCUGGUAAUAAGACCGGGUCUAUACCGGUUUCGAAGAAGUCGACUUCGGCGCCGAUUCAUAGCAGUAACUCUGGCGAGCUUUCUGGUUCGAGUGAGAACAGUCCGACGGCUAAUAGAUCCGGAGGGAAUGUGAGAGGUUUGAAACCGAAAGCGGGCGAUUCGAGAUCCAAUUCAGGAUCCGGAGCGACUCCGAAGUCACAUUCUCCGAAGAUACAUUCUCCGAAGAUACAUUCUCCGAAGACACAUUCUCCGAAGAUACAUUCUCCGAAGACACAUUCUCCGAAGAUACAUUCUCCGAAGACACAUUCUGGUUCUGGUCAAACUGUGAACUCUCCGCCGGUGCCUGUUCUUCCCGCCGGGAAUAUUUGUCCUUCUGGAAAGGUCGUGAACACCGGCAUGGAGAACAAGAAUACAAAGAGUGAUGUUCUUGGUUAUGGAACUGGGAACUAUGGCCACGGUAGUAUAAUGCGCGCCGGCGCCGGGAGAGUUGAUACUAGUAGCGUUAGAGGCGGCAUUCGGAGUGAUUCGGGGAAAAGAGGGGUGGAGAGUGUGGAUCCGGAACAGCUCAAGUUAGUAGGGAAUGAGCAUUACAAGAACGGUCAAUUUGCUGAGGCGUUGAGUUUUUAUGACCGUGCUGUUGCUGUUUUGCCGAGAAGUGCAUCUUACCGGAGCAACCGCGCCGCCGCGUUGAUCGGUUUGGGUAGAUUGUCUGAAGCUGUGAGGGAAUGUCAGCAGGCACUUUAUUGCGAUCCUGAUUAUGAUAGGGCUCAUCAUCGAUUGGCUUCUCUAUUCAUAAGGUUAGGGCAAGUUGAGAAUGCUAGGAGACAUCUUUGUCAUCCUAGAUUGACUCCGAAUCCGACCGAGAUGCUCAAGUUGCAACUGGUGGAUAAGCAUAUUAGUAAGUGUAUAGAUGUUAGGAGGUCAGGGGAUUGGAAUAGUGUUCUGAGGGAACUUGAUAGUGCUUCUACUGCUGGAGCUGAUUCUUCUCCUCAGCUCUUUAUGUGUAGAGCAGAAGCCCUUUUGAAACUUCAUCAAAUUGAUGAUGCAGAAUCAGUUUUGUCACAUGCUCCGAAAUCGGAUCCAGAAAUUAAUCAUUCACCUUUUGAAGCAACAUUUUUUGGGAUGUUUGCUGAAGCUUAUUCCUUCUAUGUCAGAUGUCAGAUAGAGAUGGCAUUGGGAAGGUUUGAGAAUGCGGUUACAUCUGCUGAGAAGGCAAAUCAUAUUGAUCCCCAAAAUGUUGAAAUUGCUGUUUUGCUUAACAAAAUAAGGAAAGUGGCAAGAGCUCGAACUCGUGGCAAUGAUCUUUUCAAAUCUGACCGGUUCACUGAAGCUUGCUCGGCAUAUGGAGAUGGUUUGAGAGUGGACCCUUCAAAUUCUGUUCUGUAUUGCAAUAGAGCAGCAUGUUGGUAUAAGAUUGGUCAAUGGCAAAAAUCAAUUGAAGACUCUAACCAAGCUUUACUUUACCGACCAAAUUAUACAAAAGCUCUUCUUCGAAGGGCUACAUCAUAUAACAAGCUAGAAAAGUGGGAAGAAGCGGUUAAAGAUUACGAGGUCUUGCGAAAAGAACUUCCAAAUGACAAUGAUGUUGCUGAAGCUCUUUUUCAUGCAAAUAUUUCACUCAAAAAAUCUCGUGGAGAAGAAGUUACUAAUUUGAAGUUUGGUGGUGAAGUGGAACGAGUAUCAGGUCUUGAGCAGUUUAGAACUGCAAUAUCUUCAUCAGGUGUUUCUGUUGUCCAUUUUGAAGGUGCAUCAAACUCGAAAUGCAGGCAAUUAUCGCCAUUUUUGGAUACAUUAUGUGCCAAAUAUCCAUAUGUUAACUUCCUCAAGGUGGACAUUUAUGAAAACGCGACAGUUGCAACUGCUGAGAAUGUUAGAUUUGUACCAACCUUCAAGAUAUACAAAAAUGGAAACCAAAUGAAGGUAAUCGUAAGCCCUAGUCGCGACGUGUUGGAGCAGUCUGUCAAGCAUUACAGCCUUUAG